CACGUGUCAGUGUAAGGGGGCGGGAUCACCAGAGAGCGAGAGCGAGCGAGCCCUCGCCGUUUUGUGUGAAAUAAGGUAACGCUUUCAAUGGCAUCGCAGCGUUCAUCUCUCGAUUCGCAAAUAUUUAUAAUCGGAUGCGGCAUUUCAGGAAUUGGUGCUGCACAGAAAUUAAUCAAGCAUGGCUUUCGUAAUGUAAACAUCAUAGAAGCGACUGGAAGAAGCGGUGGCAGAAUACAAACAGGCCGGCUGGGUGAUAACAUUGUGGAGAUUGGUGCUAAUUGGAUCCAUGGCCCAUCAAAGGAAAAUCCAGUGUUUCGUUUGGCAUGCGACUACCGACUCCUUGACAAAGAGUCAAUGUCUGAAGAAAACCAGCAAAUUAAAAUGGAUGGCCCUACGCUAUUUAAUCCCAACUGGUUUUCCAGUUCAGGUCAAAAACUGGGGCCUGAUGUGAUGGGGCCAGCAAUGGAGCUUUUUAUAAAACUAAUGGAAAAGAGCCAGCAGUUCAAUGAGACCGGCGGAGAGCCUUUGCCCAGCGUUGGAAUGUUUGUUAAGACGGAAGCUGAACGUCUGGCCCCAGAAGAGUGGAAGGAAGAUCCGGCUAACAUAGAUUUAAGAAUGGCAAUGAUAAACACAUUACUUAAGAUGGAGUGUUGUGUCAGUGGAACACACACGCUGGAUGAUGUGGGUCUGGGAGCCUUCGGCAUGUAUAAGACAUUUCCAGGACUGGACUGCACUUUCCCAGGAGGAUAUGAAGGUUUAAUUGAUAACAUGAUGAAGGGUCUUCCCAAAGACAUAGUCUUGUACAACAAGCCGGUAAAGUGCAUUCAUUGGAACAACACGAAGAAUGGACCAGACACUAAAACCCUCCCUGUUUUGAUUGAAUGCUUUAAUGGAGAGACAUUUGCAGCUGACCAUGUUAUAGUCACUGUCCCACUAGGGUACCUGAAGAAGCAUAAGGACACUUUCCUGAGCCCUUCUCUUCCAUUGCACAAAUUGCAUUCCAUUCAGAGAAUGGGUUUUGGGACCAACAACAAGAUCUUCCUUGAGUUCGAGCAGCCUUUCUGGGAUGAUGAGUGUGAACUGAUCUACCUUGUGUGGGAGGAUGAGACGGAUCUUUCUGAUGUUGUUUCCGACGUAAAGAUGUCUUGGAUUAAAAAGAUAUUUGGAUUUACUGUGCUCAGGCCCACAGAGAAAUUUGGACACGUCCUCUGUGGAUGGAUUGCGGGACAUGAGUCCGAGUACAUGGAGACACUGUCUGAAUUGGAAGUGCUACAAAGCAUCACACAGCUUCUUCGCAAAUUUACUGGGAAUCCAACUGUUGCACCAAGAAGGCUCUUGAGAUCACAAUGGUUUCAUCAUCCCUAUUCCUGUGGAUCUUACACCUAUGUGGCCAAAGGUUGCUCAGGAUAUGACAUAGAUAACCUGGCUGAGCCUCUACCACUGAAUGGCUGUAAUUCAAAGCCUUUGCAGGUGUUGUUUGCAGGAGAGGCCACACAAAGGUCCUUCUUCUCUACAGUGCAUGGAGCUUUGAUGUCGGGUUGGAGAGAAGCAGAGCGUCUUAUAUCUCACUACACUCCUACAUCUGGUUCAUUCACAUCUAAGUUGUGAAAACUCCUCAUGUUAGAGAGGGAUGAAGAGUUUUAUAAAAAAUGAUACUUGUGAGAUCUGGAGGGGUUUUGUGCCUUAAAUGGUAAAAGUUGAAUGUACAGUAAAUUGCAUAGGCAAAUCUGUAUUGUCAAAUUAUGUCAGCUAUUUAAACAAACAUUGUUUUGUGGGUUGAGAUGGGAACGUCCUAAUUUAAAAAAAAUCACUGAAAAUGAUGCUGCACUUUGCACAAACAUUAAUAGUUUAUUUUUGUGAUCUGUAUAGAGACCAUUGAGAUUUUUUUAAAACAUAUUUUUCUACAAUUCCAGAGUAUCCUUUAAAUCUUUGAUACAAAUAUGAUAUUGUUCAAUUUGAUAAGACUACCGAAUGAAUAGUAGCCUACACGUAUUAUUUACUACAUAGAAAUUUAAUUUGCAAUUCAAAUGUCUAGCUCUUUACAAUCUUAGCAUUGUUGCAAAGCAGCAUUACGGAAAAUUCAUUUCAGGACAAACAGUAUAGACAUAUAAACAUGAUAAAUUACAAAAUACAUAAAAUGCAUUGUUUGAUUGCAAAUUUUCCAUUAAUAUAGGCUGCAUAGACUCCUGAUGGCAUGGUCAUGAAAAUGCACUGUAAGUCAAUAUAAAUAAAAGAACACACAA